AUGUCUGUCGAGGUUGUACUAGAGUCGCCGCUGGCUCAUUCCCUGAAUGCCGCGAUCCAACCGAAGCUGGUGGAGGUGGGAUGGAGCACAGGUGGCGCUGAUGACUCUGCGCUUUCCGAGUACAUCAUUCUCAUGCUGGUGAACGGCAAGACACAAGACCAGAUCGCCGCCGAACUAUCAGGCGAUCUCCUCAAUCUCGGCCCAGAUGACCCAGGAGCGAGGGAUUUUUCAAGGUGGCUGUUCGAGCAGGUUGAGGUGCUGAACUCACAGUUGAGUGGCGGAAAUGGAGGGUUCCCGUCCGGCUCCGGUAUAGAACAGGCUGAGGCCACGAAUGAAGGACAGGAUGCAGAUAUGGGCGACGCUUCUGAUGCUGGACAGCCGAAUGUACCUACGGGCCCAAAGUCAAUGAGAGAAAACGCGAAUCGGGGAAGAGAUAAGCGUAUGCUUGGGCAUCUUGCAAAAUCAAUGGAUAGAACGAAUGAUUCCGUUCUCCACCGGAUACGAGGUCACGGAGGUACUGAGCGUGUCAAUUCCCAUUCUCGAGUUCCUCCAACGGGACCACGACAAUCGAUGCAAAACAGAGGAGGCGCGCGGAUGUCGAAUGGUGGGCGAAUUAAUCCGAUGUCUGGCGCGCCAAUGCAAAGCUCCGCUGCCAUGAACGUCAUGAAUAUGCCCCCACAAGCCCAGAUGCAAAUGCUUGCAAACUUAGAACAACAGAUGAAAGGAAUGGCUCAAAUGAUGGGAUUGGCGGGAAACGUGGGAAAUGGGAUGGGGAACGGCUUUGCUCAACAACAGCAGCCAGGGAAAUCGCUAUUCGACCGAGUUCAGCCAAAUCCUCACCGGGGUCAACAUAACGGCUUCCGAAAAGGCUCUCAAGCCUCAAGGCCAGGCGACCAGCAACACGCCCACUCUCAAAAUGAGAUGCCAUCUUCCUCCAUGGAUGUUGAGAUGUCACAAGAAAAGAGAGAGCCUCCCUCGCCAGAAACGCCUUGCAAAUACAAUCUUUCAUGCACAAAUAAGGACUGCAAGUUUGCUCACCAAUCUCCGGCAGCUCCUCCGGGCACGACCAUCGAUUCCAGCGACAUUUGUUCUUUUGGGGCAGCUUGCAAAAAUAGGAAAUGUGUUGGCCGGCAUCCGUCCCCUGCUCAAAAGGUUGCUCACCAGACAGAGGUGGAGUGCAGAUUUUUUCCCAACUGCACAAAUCCACGGUGCCCAUUCAGACAUCCAACAAUGCCCUUGUGUCGCAAUGGUGCUGAUUGCACGACUCCCAACUGCAAGUUUACCCACGCCAAGGUGAUGUGCAAGUUCAAUCCGUGUUUGAACGCUGCAUGUCCAUACAAACAUGUCGAGGGCCAGAAACGAGGGAAGUUUGAAGACAAGGUCUGGGUAGCAGACGAGUCAAAGGAGCACGUUAGUGAGAGGAAAUUUGUGGACGAGAAUGCGGAGGAGGAGCUCAUCAAACCGGGCGAUGAAGACGCAGCAAUGAAGCAAAAAUCGACCGCUCAUGCUGAGCUAGUUACAUAA